GCUCUUCUCCUCUGGUUCUCAGUGUUGUCGCUGCUCCUUCCUUAGUCAGAGGCUGAGCUUUGGCAGCAUGGCUGCGACUCUGAACGGACUCGGGACGGGGCCGGAGAGCCCUGGGCAGAGCGAGGAGGAGGAGGAAUGCAGAGGCAGCAAGGACUGCAGAGGCAGCAAGGAAUGCAGUGUCAGCAAGGAAUGCAGUGUCAGCAAGGAGCUGUACUUGGAGAGGAAGCACCUUGUCCUGCAGUACGUGCAGAGCGAGCUGAACCUCCUCCGCCUGCAGCACCACCGGGCCAAGGCUGAGCUGCUGCAGAAGUCCUACUUCUACCUGGAGAUUAAGCCCAAACAGGUGAACCUGAAAGACCAGGACAAUAUGAUGUACACUGCCAACCUCUUGGAUGUAACAGACCACGUGCAGCUACAGAGGAUAAAGAAGCUGGGAAAAAACCAGACAGAAAUCCAGCUGACACUUCUAACUGAGCUGCUGGAACAGCUGGAGCAAGGUCAGGAGGAGCUGAACAGCUACGUGAGGGCUUGUGACAUAAGAACCUUCCUGUCCCAGUGGGACCUGAUAAAGCAGAAAAUGGCCAAGCUCUCCACCUUUGUGGAAACUCUCCUGUCUGUGGAAGAGCCGGGAAAGCUCCACAUCAAGCACCGUUUGCUCUCCUCUGUUUAUCUCCGAGACACCGAACACCCCCCGUUCAGUGUUUCGCUCUACACCAGGGCGCCGCUGAUCUUCGACCGGAGAGAGUCGUUUGCACACAAGAAAUGGGCCAAGCUCAAGUGGUUCAGUGAGGAUCAGGACACUGACCUCCAAUGGUGUGAACUGCACUUGAGGCUGCUGACAGAAGACAGACGGAGGGAAGCAGGACACAGCAGGAUUCAGACAGUCUUCUCCAACACGUGCAUAAUCAAGAACCUGCAGCCUGGGAGAUCCUAUGAGUUCACGGUCAGGAGGCAGGAGGAUGAGACCCUUGUCUAUGAAAACUGGCACGACAGCAUCGUGCUGAAGACAAAAAGUGAUGCUGUUGAAACGGGGGAUGAAGCAGCUUGCUCACCAGAGGGAUGAGGUGGCACAGAAGAACAGUUUCCUC